UCAGAUUCUUGGAUUUCACAAACUAGUGUUGUGAAAGUGGAAUUUGGCGGUAUGGCGUUUUAUGUAUUUGUCGUCUUGAAGUUACUAGUGUUGCUGAAUUACGCAAUUAGUCGGGAUGCUACAGAAGGGGACCGGUGCACUCUACAAUCUUCAAACAGUAAAGGGGUAUGUAGAGUACUAUCUUUGUGUAUACCAGCUAGGGAAAAACUGAAAAAAGGCAUUUCUCCGGAUCUAUGUGGAUUUAAAGGUGUUUUCCCUGUCGUUUGCUGUGAGGAGGUAUCUACGACCUCCAACCCAGAGUCAAGAAUAGCCACAGAGCCGGCGUAUGAAGGAUACGGAGCGACGAGUAGAAAAAAAUGUUGGGAAUAUCAGAAAUAUGUUUAUGAAAAAGAACUCGUGAAUUAUUCUGAAGUAACCAGCGAUACAUGUGCCCUGGUAGCCAUUCCAAACAUCGUCGGUGGAACUGAAGCUCUUACGAGAGAAUUUCCGCAUAUGGCGCUAAUAGGAUUUGAUAAUAAAGGUAAACCGUCCUGGGAAUGUGGUGGCAGUCUUAUAAGUGACGAAUUUGUAUUGACAGCUGCCCACUGCAUGUAUCAGAGUUCACUGGGUGAACCUAAAUAUGUUAGACUUGGCGAUGUGAAACUAUUUUCGAAUAGUGGUGAUGAAAACGUACAAGAUUUUACUAUAUCGCAGUUGAUUAGACAUCCAGAUUUUAAACCUCCCUCAAAUUACCAUGACAUCGGAUUAGUAAAGUUGAAUAGAAAAGUAAAUUUAAAUUCGUAUGCAAGGCCGGCAUGUUUGCAUACAAACUUCGAAAUUCCAGUAAAGAAAGCAGUUGCGGCAGGAUGGGGUAAAGUUGGAUUUACGGACGGUGGUAGUGACGACCUACUUAAAGUGACGUUGGAAUUUUUUACACAUGCCGAAUGUAAUCGUACAUAUAGGGCAAAUAUAGGUAUGAGAUUAAGGAAGGGAAUUGACGAUUCUUCACAAGUUUGUACCGGGCACCAUGAACUAUCCAGAGACACUUGCCAGGGAGAUUCUGGUGGACCUCUUCUAAUCAUUAAUUCAGAUCCAAAUGUUCGCUGUAUGUAUUCGAUAGUUGGUAUUACGUCGUUCGGAAGAGGGUGUGGAGCUAUCGGCAUUCCCGGUGUGUAUACGAGAGUAUCGAAUUACGUUGGAUGGAUAGAACAAAAUGUAUGGUCGUAGUACUACAAAACAAUCGACCUUCAAACGAGUUGUCUCUGCUGUGUUGGCGAGCAGUUCUUAAGUGACAUAAUUCAUCUUUCAUUUUAAAUAUAAAUACGGACCACAGUUUAUGUAAUGAUUUUUUCUAAGCUAUGAAUUUGACAAUUAAAGUACAAUUAAUUUGUACUUAAUGUGCAUAAGUAAUUGAUUUACCCAUUUACACGCCCAUGUACAUUUUAAACGUGUAAAUAAAACCAUAAUAAGCUUA